UUACUCUCUUUUUUUCGUGUAAAAAAAAAUUUAUAGGAAAAGAAAUCUGUAAUGAAAAUGUAAAGGUUGAAAUUAAAGCGAAUAACAGCAUAACCACUGUAACCAUGGAGGCAGGUGGGUCUUAUCCGAUCUGUGAAAGGGCCAAGCCGCAGGGGCAAAGGAGCCCCCUGUUUUGUGUAGGCUUUGCCACCUCGUUUUCGCAUCUCGAUGGCUACUGCUUACAACUAUAAACCUUGGAAAUCAAAUCUGAAAUCUCUGUAUCACAUUAAUUUUCAUCUUUACCAAUUUCUCACAAUCAUCCCCAGCCACCCCAAAGCCCCAAAAUUUUCAUAUCUUCCCCCCAAAAAAGACCUAUUUCCUUGAUCCUCUCUUGCCUGUAUUUGUUAAAUUAUUAUAUAUAUAAAAAAAAGAGAAAAACACCCAAAGCCUUUUUUUUUAGAUUUUGACCCUCGACACUAACCCAAGUUAGAAACAGAACACAAACAGGCCAAAACAGACCAAACCCUGUUUGAGUUUGGUCUUCUUAUAUGUUUAGAAGUCUUUUCAGUUAGAGCAACAUCCACGUACACUUUUUUUUUUUUUUCUGUUGCUUUGUUGUGUUUCUUAUCUCUUGUCACUACUACUGCUACUGCCAUUAAUUUCUUUGUCUUGAAUUUUCUUUCUCCAUUUCGAUUUUGGCCACGGGGACAUGCCCAAUUCCCCAUAUCACGAGUCACGAACUACAUCUAUCUAUCUAUUCCUAGACUCUAACCCCAGCCAACCCAACACCUAAACUCGAAAAAAAAAAAAAAACCCUUUCUCCAAUUCCAUUUGCCUAACCAAAACAACCAACAACCAUGGAAAAAAAUUGGGUGAUCCUCCUUUAAUUCUCUAUAUAUAGAAGGUUUCAGUAUAUAUCCUUGACAAUGUUUCUUUUGUCUCAUCUUACUCUUGCAUGGAUGAGCUUUGUUUGGACAGGAAAGUAACUUUGGGGGGAUAAUCGAUGUUCAUGUGCACGUUAUAUUGCUUUAGAGAUUUCAGUUUGAAUCAUGGAAGUGCUCCCCUGUUCUGGUGUUCAGUAUGUUGCUGAUUCUGAUUGUGCUCAACAGAGUUCAGGAACGAGUUUUACUUAUGACGUAGAAUCUAAUUGUUUGGAACAUAGAAAAAGUGUUAAAGUGGCAGAUGGUAGGAUGGAUGACUUAUUGCUAACUGCGGAAGGGAAUCCAGCGGAAAGACAGGAUGGAGGUCAAGGCACAAGGGAUGAAUUGCCAAUUUCAGAAGAACACCAUAGUGGAUCUUCUUGUUAUGAUUGUCAGACAGAGGGCCAAAGAUUAUCUUGUGGAUCGCAUGAUUAUGAAGAUGAUGAUUCAAAUACACAAAAUUGUUGCACUGGACAUUACUUGGCCUCUGAAAACUCUCAUUUAAUAGUUGACACCAUUGAAAGUGAAUCACCAAGCAACAACAGGGAAGGAGAGUUGUCUCUUUCAGAGCCCAAGUGGCUAGAGCGUGAUGAAUCUGUGGCAUUGUGGGUCAAGUGGAGAGGAAAAUGGCAGGCUGGAAUCAGAUGUGCAAGGGCUGACUGGCCAUUAUCGACUUUAAAAGCAAAACCAACUCAUGAUCGGAAGCAGUAUUUUGUGAUAUUUUUCCCUCACACAAGGAAUUAUUCUUGGGCAGACAUGCUACUUGUUCGAUCCAUUAAUGAGUUCCCUCAGCCUAUUGCAUAUAGGAGUCAUAAAGUUGGACUAAAAAUGGUUAGAGAUUUGACUGUUGCAAGGCGGUACAUAAUGCAAAAGCUAUCUGUUGGCAUGCUGAAUAUCAUUGAUCAGUUUCAUUGUGAGGCUUUGAUAGAGACAGCACGUAAUGUGAUUGUCUGGAAGGAAUUUGCUAUGGAGGCUUCACGCUGCAUUGGUUAUUCUGAUCUUGGAAAGAUGCUUUUGAAACUUCAAAAUAUGAUAUUGCUGCGAUACAUAAGAACUGUGUGGCUUCAAGAGUCUUUUGACUCAUGGGUACAACAAUGUCAGAAUGCACAUAGUGCUGAAUCUAUUGAAUUGCUAAAGGAGGAAUUGUUUGAUUCUAUACUAUGGAAUGAUGUUAGGUCUCUUGGGGAUGCACCAGUGCAGCCCACACUUGGUUCUGAGUGGAAAACAUGGAAGCAUGAAGUUAUGAAAUGGUUCUCAACGUCUCAUCCUGUAUCUACUGCUGGAGAUAUGGAUCAUCGGAACAGCGAUGGUCCCUCAAACACAAAUAUUCAAGUUAGCAGAAAGAGGCCCAAGCUUGAAGUGCGUCGUGCAGAGACACAUGCCUCCCAAGUGCAAAGCAAUGGUUCGGACCAAACAUUGACUGUUGAAAUUGACUCUGAUUUUUUUAGUAGCCGAGAUGUUGUAGAUGUCAAUAUGCCAACACCAGAACUUUGUAAAAAGGAAGAUGAGAGGGAGGAAAUCACACCGAUGGACACAUCAAAUAAUUUGACUGACAGAUGGGAUAAUAUUGUGGUUGAAGCAAGGCAUUCUGAGCUCAUCAACACCAAAGAUGUUGAAAUUACAUCACCAAGGGAAGAGGUCAAGAGCACUUCAACUCUGCAUGUGCAGCCAAAAGAAGUGGAAUUGACGCCUGUGAAUGAAGCAGUUGCUAAGAUACUCAUAGAUACUGGGAGUAAAAACCGGCAGUGCAUUGCAUUUAUAGAGUCGAAGGGAAGGCAGUGUGUGAGGUGGGCCAACGAUGGCGAUGUUUAUUGUUGUGUGCACUUGGCCUCUCGUUUUAUUGGUAGCUCUGGCAAAACAGAAGUGACUCCUCCUGUUGAUACACCAAUGUGUGAAGGUACCACUGUGCUUGGCACUAGAUGCAAGCAUCGGUCGCUGUAUGGCUCCUCAUUCUGCAAGAAGCACAGACCCAAAGAUGAUGCAAAUAAUUUCUCACAUUCUCCAGAGCACACACAAAAAAGGAAGCAUGGGGAGAUUAUUCCAAGUUCAGAAACCACAUACUGCAGAGAUAUAGUUUUGGUGGGAGACAGUGAAAGUCCCCUGCAAGUGGAGCCAGUGUCAAUAAUUGAGGGUGAUGUUUUCCAGGGAAGAAACAGCCUAGUUGAGAAGACUGAACAUUCCAGUAAGGAUCAUGACAGCACAAAAUUACUGCAUUGCAUAGGCUUAUACUCCCAUAAUGGUUUUGAUCCUUGUCCUGAAAGUCCUAAGCGGCAUUCAUUAUACUGUGAUAAACACCUUCCAAGCUGGCUCAAGCGUGCAAGGAAUGGUAAGAGUAGGAUAGUAUCCAAAGAAGUGUUUAUAAACCUUUUGACGGACUGCUAUUCACAUGAGCAAAAAUUGCAUUUACAUCAAGCAUGUGAACUUUUCUACAAGCUCUUUAAAAGUAUUUUAUCUCUAAGAAACCCAGUUCCUAUGGAAGUCCAACUUCAGUGGGCCCUUUCUGAAGCAUCUAAAGAUUUUAGAGUUGGGGAAAUUUUAAUGAAGUUGGUUUACAAUGAAAAGGAGAGACUCCAAAGGUUAUGGGGUUUCACUGGCAACGAAGCUCCACCCUUGUCCUCUUUUGUGGAAGAGCCAGUUCCCUUGCCUUUGGCCAUAAACGAUAGCUUUGAGGAUGACAAGAGCAUUAAGUGCAAAAUUUGCUCAGUGGAAUUUCUUGAUGACCAGCAGCUCGGCACGCACUGGAUGGAGAAUCAUAAAAAGGAAGCACAAUGGUUGUUUAGAGGUUAUGCUUGUGCAAUCUGCCUGGAUUCAUUUACAAACAGGAAAGUUUUGGAAUCCCAUGUUCAGGAGAGACACCAUGUGCAAUUUGUUGAACAGUGCAUGCUUCUCCGAUGCAUUCCCUGUGGCAGCCAUUUUGGCAAUACUGAGGAAUUAUGGUUGCAUGUGCUGUCAGCACAUCUUGUUGAUUUUAGACUGUCAAAGGUUGCUCAACAGCAUAAUCUUUCUGCGGGUGAGGAAUCUCCACUGAAACUUGAUCUUGGCAAUUCAACUUCUUUGGAGAAUAAUUUAGAGAAUGUAGGCAGUUUUCAAAAGUUUAUUUGCAGGUUUUGCGGCUUGAAAUUUGAUUUGCUGCCUGAUCUUGGCCGCCACCACCAGGCUGCUCACAUGGGACCAAGUUUAGCUACCUCUCAUUCCCCAAAGAGAGGGGUUCGUUAUUAUGCUUAUAAACUAAAAUCUGGGAGACUUAGCCACCCUAGAUUUAAGAAAGGUCUGGGGGCAGUGUCAUAUAGGAUCAGGAACAGGGCAACUGCAACUAUGAAAAAACGCCUCCAGGCAUCAAAGUUGAUUGACACUAAUAUCAUUAGUGUACAGCCUCGUGUAACAGAGACAGCAAAUCUUUGUAGAUUAGCAGAACUUCAGUGCUCAGCCCUUGCAAAAAUAUUAUUUUCCAAAAUUCAUAAAACAAAACCACGACCUAAUAACUUAGACAUUUUGUCUAUUGCUCGCUCUUCUUGUUGCAAAGUGAGCCUCAAAACCUCAUUGGAGGAGAAGUAUGGAAUAUUACCAGAACGCAUCUACCUUAAGGCAGCCAAGCUUUGCAGUGAGCAUAACAUUCAAGUCGAUUGGCACCAAGAGGAAUUUGUAUGUGUAAAUGGAUGUAAGCCUUACAAGGACCCAGAUUUCCUGUCCCCAUUAACACCUCUUCCUAAUGGUUUUGGGGGCCACCCAUCAGCAGAUCCAUUGGAUCAUGUAGAUGAGGAAUGGGAACUGGAUGAGUGUCAUAUUAUCAUUGAUUCACAGCAUCUUAAACAAUGGCCCAUGCAGAAGGCCAAUCUCUUGUGCAAUGAUAUAAGCUUUGGGAAGGAAUCAGUUCCAGUAGCUUGUGUAGUGGAUGAAGGGUUAUCUGAUUUCCUUUACAUCUCAGGUGAUAGUUCCAAUGACCAAAAUGCUAGAUCCUCCAUGCCUUGGGAGAACUUUACUUAUGUUACAAAAUCUUUGCUUCAUCAAUCUCUUGAUCUUGAUUCUGAGUGUUUGCAGCUUGGUUGCACUUGUUCUAAUUCGACAUGCUGUCCUGAGACAUGUGAUCAUGUAUAUCUCUUUGAUAAUGAUUAUGAAGAUGCAAGAGACAUAUAUGGGAAACCCAUGCGUGGCAGAUUUCCAUAUGAUGAUAAAGGGCGAAUUAUCUUGGAGGAGGGCUACCUUGUCUAUGAAUGCAAUCACAUGUGUAGCUGCAAUAGAGCAUGUCCAAAUAGGGUUUUGCAAAAUGGAGUACGAGUGAAGUUGGAAGUCUUCAAAACAGAGAAUAAGGGCUGGGGAGUUAGGGCUGGUGAACCAAUUCUGAGUGGCACAUUUGUGUGUGAGUACGUUGGUGAGAUCUUAGAUGAGCAGGAGGCUAACAAUAGGCUUACCAGGUACGAUAGGGAUGGUUUCAAUUUCAUGUAUAAUGUUGAUUCUCAUAUCAAUGAUAUGAGCAGACUGAUUGAAGGGCAGGUCCGAUAUGUUAUUGAUGCAACCAAAUAUGGAAAUGUUUCUCGGUUCAUCAAUCAUAGUUGCUCGCCAAAUCUUAUGAAUCAUCAAGUUCUUGUGGACAGCAUGGAUUGUCAGCGCUCUCACAUUGGUCUCUAUGCCAGUCAAGAUAUCGCUAUGGGUGAAGAACUGACUUUUGACUAUCGAUAUGAACUGCUGCCUGGACAAGGAUAUACAUGUCAAUGUGGAGCUUCUGCGUGUCGGGGCCGCCUUUACUAAACCCUCAGUAAGCACUAUGGGAUCCUAUGGCAUCUAAGGUUUGCUUUUUGAGUUCACAAAUGAGGAUACAGAGCUCUAAACAUAGGAGCUCUACCUCCAUCAAGCAAGUCACAAUACUAAAUCUGGCAGUCUCAUUGCGAACACUUCUACCUUUUUAGCAGGUGGUUCUUGCACUAAAGCAAGCAUAAACUGCCAAAUCUCUAUCAGCGGCAAUGAAGUUCAGCAGGCUCCAGACAACAUGCAACUUCCGAUACGGAAUUUUCGACCAAGACAGAUUGUACCUACGCUAUUUCUUCUUUCUAAACGGGCUUCAAGGAAAUGGGAUGAAAGCUUGCAGUGUAAUUGGUGGAUCUCUUUCUUAAAUUCUCCCCUCAUCUCCCCCCACUCUUUUGUCUUUUUCUUGUAGAUUUUUUUCCAUUUUUCCCCAUCGUACAGGAUUUCUUAGUUUGAUAGCUUAGGCUAGGAAUAUUAGAAAACAGAUUUUGUAAUGCAUGAAUUGCCUCUUUUUUCGUAGUAGUAGUAAUAGUAGUGCCUCAGCCUUAUUUGUGACAUUCUCUCA